GCCACCCCUGCCUAAGUGCACUUCUCCCCAUUCGUCUUCAUACCGACGCUGCGAUGGACCGGUGCGCUUCGUGGCAUAGCCUACCCCAUACAGUGCGUGGGUCGCAACGCCCCCGCCGCGCCCUUCUUCACGCAGGUCGUCAAGCCAGUGGGCAUGCCCACCGCGACCCGGGCUCGGCAUUGUAGCCUUCGUCACGCUAACGUAGGACACCAAGGGCGAGGCGGCAGUUCCCGUAUCGGAGGGCAGCGUGGGCGCGGUGGGUCGCGUCUCCGCCGGAGGUCGUCGAGGCCGCGCUGGUGGGCGUCCCGCAUCGCGUGCGCGGUGUCAUCUGGCGCGGCGGAGCUAGUCCUCGGAUUGAGGACAGAUCCUGGAAGAGCGCAGCGCGCGUCCCGAAUGAUGCUCAUCUACGUGAUGCAGUCGUCAAGACACCGUUUCUGCAGCAAUGAUCCGUCGCGCGACGUUACGGGGUGGAGGUACCCCACGGUUCCGCGAUGGACCCCUUUCCUCGAGCGCUCGAGAGCAAUCACAGUCCGUAGGAUCUUUUCUGUUUUUUUUCCAAAAGGGGAAGAGAUCAGCCGACGUCCGCGUCUUCGGCGGGAGCACUGUCACGGCACAGCACGUCUCGCGGCGGGCAACUCGGCCGGUGCAGGCCGAGGAUCUUCGUGCGUGCUUUUCGAUUUUGUCGGAAUGAAUGACGGCACCGCGGCAGCUGUAGCUCCGUUCUGCCGCGCCGCAACGCGUCGUGCGUCGCGUCGUGAGUGGAUUUAUCAAGCACUAACAGCACUGCAAGGCAAUGUGCCCGCUGCUCUCGCAGAGCCCUGAGGAGCGAGUAAAAUGUCGAAGCAAUUAAAACAGCGGGUGCGAACGUUGCUGGCGCGAGCGAGGUGCUGUUUGGCCGCGGUGCACUCGAGUGUAAUGCUC